CAGCACUGCCUUCUGGGUAAGCUGUGUCUGAAAAAUUUGAAGAGCGCCUGCGUGCGUUCCGUCUUUCCUUUUGCCUUGUUGCAGCCAAGGAAGCAACAUGGGGCACCAGCAGCUUUACUGGAGCCAUCCGAGAAAAUUCGGCCAGGGUUCUCGUUCUUGCCGCGUCUGCUCAAACCGGCACGGUCUGAUCCGGAAAUACGGCCUCAAUAUGUGCCGCCAGUGUUUCCGCCAGUACGCGAAAGACAUCGGCUUCAUUAAGUUGGACUAAGUGUGAACUUCUUGAAUGGGUCAUCACGCAUAUCUACCUUCCUCAGAAACAAUACUAACUCUUUGUAUAUAAAAUAAAAAAUUUAAAACUUCA